AUGGUCCACUUAUCCAAAGUCCGCAAGGACUCUGUGGCUUUCCCGCCCAAGUUCCUCAAGCGUGUUGACACUAUAGACCUUGAUGAGCCACAAGACCAUGACUACUACUCCAGCGUUUAUGGCUCUCGAUUUGCGGCAGAAGAUCUCCCUACCGAUGAGAUGCCAGAGAAGGAGAUGCCCAAGGAAGUUGCCUAUCGAAUGAUCAAGGAUGAUCUCAGCUUGGACGGUAACCCCAUGUUGAAUUAUGUCGUGUUCUCCUCGCUAACCGUGGAAGACGAAGCCGAGAAGCUCAUGACCGAAGCGUUUAGCAAGAAUUUCAUAGAUUAUGAGGAAUACCCCCAAUCGGCCGAUAUCCAGAACCGCUGCGUUAACAUGAUUGCACGUCUCUUCAAUGCCCCCGUCGGCGAAAGCGAGCAUGAACACGACCACGCAUUGGGCACUUCCUGCAUUGGGUCCUCCGAGGCCAUCAUGCUGGGAACCCUUGCCAUGAAGAAGCGCUGGCAGAACCGUCGCAAGGCCGAAGGAAAGGAUUUCUCUCGACCAAACAUUAUCAUGAGCAGUGCUGUCCAAGUCUGCUGGGAGAAGGCUGCUAGAUAUUUCGACAUCGAGGAAAAGUUCGUGUACUGCACCAAUGAGCGAUAUGUCCUCGAUCCCAAGGAAGCUGUAGAGCUUAUCGAUGAAAACACCAUUGGCAUAUGUGUGAUUCUGGGAACCACCUAUACCGGCCAGUACGAGGACAUCAAGGCAGUCAACGAUCUCCUGGUCGAGAAGAAGAUUGACUGUCCCAUCCAUGUCGAUGCUGCCAGCGGUGGCUUUGUCGCACCUUUUGUCAACCCAAGCCUUGAAUGGGAUUUCCGCCUUGAAAAAGUCGUGUCUAUUAACGUUUCUGGGCACAAGUACGGUUUGGUCUACCCUGGUGUGGGAUGGAUCGUCUGGCGAUCAACCGAGUACCUCCCUCAGGAAUUGGUAUUCAAUAUCAACUACCUCGGGGCCAACCAGGCUAGUUUCACCCUCAACUUCUCCAAGGGAGCAUCCCAAGUUAUCGGGCAGUACUACCAAAUGAUCCGUCUCGGAAAGCGUGGAUACCGCGCCAUCAUGCUUAACCUCACGCGCACUGCAGACUACCUCGCUGCUUCUUUGAAGGAGCUCGGAUUCAUCAUCAUGAGCGAUGGGAAGGGUCGCGGUUUGCCACUUGUCGCCUUCCGUCUGCCCCCAGAGGUCGCGGACAAAUACGACGAGUUUGCUAUCGCCCAUCAGCUCCGUGAGCGUGGUUGGGUCGUGCCGGCAUAUACCAUGGCUCCUCAUAGCGAGAAGCUGAAGCUUAUGCGCAUUGUCGUUCGAGAAGAUUUCAGCCGUAGCCGUUGUGACAGCCUGGUUUGUGAUUUCAAACUAGCGCUAUCUCAGCUAGAGGCGAUGGACAAGAAGACUCUAGAGAAAUACCAGGAAUAUACCCGCCGUAGGGUUGCAAAUACCGGGCUGGCCCAGCAUGCCACUACAGCCUAUGAGAACGAAGACCACUCUCUCCAGGGGAAGACUGGAAAGACCCAUGCCGUCUGCUAG